GGGGACUGGCUGCAGCGUCCCAGGGGCAGCAGGGACAGGGCUGGACUGUGCUGGCAUCGCCUCCCCGAGCCUGGGUGUCACCGCAGGGCCACGGCUGAUAUUUUAAAUCAGGUGUGAGAGCUGUCAGGCAACAGAAUUUAGUGUCCUAAUCUAUUAAGUUGUCAUCAUGUUGUCUGCCAUCUUCCAUUAUGACCGUAACAGCUGUGCUGAUAAAACUGCAUUCAAGCCUGGCUUGAAACUGAAUUUGCCAGCAGUUGUGAUGCCUUGGAUGCAAGAUCCCACUUGUUGCAAGCAAAGAGAUUCCAGUUUUCCUUGUGCCGUGGGACAAGGAGAGGGGAACGGAUUCUGGUGCAGUGAUGGGAAUGUGGAGGAGCCCCUGGAUCCCCACGAUGGAGGGGCAUCCCCCCACCCAGGGGUGCCUAGGGACGCAGACAAAAGGACAGCCAGAAGACUUCUGGGCGAGUGGUGUGCGCUCCAUCCAGCGUGCAUCCUGGUGCUGGCUGUGCUCAUGGUUGUCAUCUUGGCUUUGGCUGCGGCUCUUGCUGUACAAUCAGCAGGCAGACAUGGAAGCAAUCCGGAUCUGCCUGCAGCUCCAGUGCUGGCCUGUCCUGAGUUCUGGGUUGGGUACCGCAAUGUCUGCUACUACCUCUCAAGGGAGGAGGGGAGCUGGGAGUGGAGCCAGGAGCAGUGCUCCUUGCGCGGGGCCUCGCUGGCUGUGCUGAGGAGGGAGUGGGAAAUGGAGUUUCUCUCGCGCCUCAAGGGCAAUGCGGAUUGCUGGCUUGGGCUGUGGAGACGGGGCGAGCGCGUGGAGUGGGUGGACGGCAGCAGCUUCAACAACACCUUCCCGGUGCACGGCAAAGAUCGCUGUCUGUUCCUGGACAACUCUGAUUUCAGGAGUUCAAGCUGCUCACAGCAUCAUCCAUUUAUCUGCAGCAAGCCCCAAGCUCUGAUGUGAAAGAGAUGAUGGGGAAAGGACGUCCUCCAUGCUCAGGACUCACAGCUUCACCUCUUCUUUGUUGUGUAGCAAUGUCCUUCCUUUGGCUGCAAGUGCAGGUUGCUCCUGGUGUCAGCAACAGCUCGCUGCCAGCUCUCAGGGAGCUGAACUUGCAGGAAGGGGAGGCGAAUCAGGAUUCUUUUAGCUGGUGUGCAAAAAAGCUGCUUAACAGACAGAGUUGAGAUACUGGCUUACUUCAUGUCUGGGCAGAGAUGGGUGCUGGGUGGUAACUCUUUUUACAUCACCUGCUGGCGGCUUUCUUUGUAUUUUGGGAUUAUUUGCACAACAAGUUUGACAUCUCUUUACUACUCUACCUGCAUUUAUCUGCAUUUUUGGCCCUACAGCGUAUCGCUUAACGCUGCUUAUCACAGCAUCGGCUCCCAUGUGAGUUUCUUGAUGUAGUUUCUUGAGGAGAGCUUCCAUCGUUUUCUUUUCAUUUCAUCAAAACUACUCCGACGCUCUGGGGUCCGUUCUAACAACGCCCCCAGGCCCUUUGUUGCAUGUAAGGGUUUAGCUAUAAGCCCAAAAUUGGGGAUCCGUAUCUGGCAGAAUCGGGAGUGAGGCUUUCUCACCGGUAAAAUCGGUGUAUUGUAUUUGGAUCGACAUUCUCUGAGCAGUCCGUAUCGUAUAAAGGUAUUUAUCAGGGCUUCGAGGCCUGUCCUGGUUUCGGCUGGGACAGAGUUAACUUUCUUUUUAGUAGCUGGUGCAGUGCUGUGUUUUGGAUUUAGUGUGAGAAUGAUGUCGAUAACACUGUGAAGUUUUAGUUGUCGCUCAGGAGCACUUAUCUUAAGCCAAGGACUUUUCACUUUCCCAUGCUCUGCCAGCAAGCAGGCGUGCAAGAAGCUGGGAGGGAGCAUAGCCGGGGCAGCUGACCCGAACUAGCCAAAGGGGUUUUCCAUACCAUGGAACGUCAUGCCCAGUAUAUAUAAACAGGGGGGAGUUGGCCGGGAGGGGUGGAUCACGGCUCGGGAACUAACUGGGCAUCGGUCAGCGGGUGGUGAGCAAUUGCACUGUGCAUCACUGGUGGGUUUUUUGUUUGUUUGUUUUUUUCCCUUCCUCCCCCUCCUUUUUUGUUAUAUUCCUUUUCA